UAGCAUAAGCAAUGUGACACGAUAUGAAGAGGAGAUGGAUUCAAAUUUUAAUACCAUCACCAUCCGAGCCUUCAUCCCAAAAGUUUGGGGUUGGCGAUAUGAGUUUAUGAGAAAAUCAACGGGAAUCCAUCACGUGUAUUCUUUUCCGCCAUUUAUUUCUAUCUAGAAUCAUAUUUUCAUCAAUUUCUACUGAAUUCAUACCAUUUCUUACUACGUCAAGCCGUGUCUUUAUAGGUCUGACUCCUUGCUUAGUACUCUCUUGUGUACAAAUUCUCUUGAUUAUCUUCAUCGUCGCAUCGCUAUCUCUAUGUUGUACAUACCCAUACCAUCUUAAACAUUUUCCUCACAAUUUAUCUUCAAUUUGUGUUACUCCUACCUUACUUUUUGUUACUCAUCUCCCAUGUAAUUCAAUCAUUUGUUUGUUUUCUUGUCUGCUCUUACUAAAACACAUUCAUAUGUUUUGUUUUAUUCCUACUUAAUUUAAAUUUAUUAAAAUUCAAACCUUGCAUCCAUGUCUCGAGCUUCCAGUUAACUCUCAAUAUUGUUUCAUCUAUCACAACUAUAGCAUCCGAAAAACAACAUGCAUCGAGGUACCUCCUCACCUUGGAUAUGUCAUGUGAGUUCAUCCAUCACUAUAAUAAAUAAGAACGUGCUUAGUGCCGACCUUUGGUGUAAGCCUAUUGUGAUGUGAAACUCCCCUAUAAAUCAUCUAUUAAUCUUAACAUUAGUUACGACUCCUUCAUACAUAUCCUUGAUAAUAGUAAUAUAACUAAUAGAGACUCUUUACUUCUCUAAAAUCCACCAAAUUAUUUCCCUAUGCACCCUAUCAUAUGCAUCCCCCAAGUUCAUAAGUACUUAAUAGAGGUCUUUCCUUGUGUCUAUAUUUUUCUACUAGUUCAGUUAAUCUGCUUGUAAGUGACCCUAUGUUCCAAGUGUCUAUCUUAAUCCUAUAAUCACGGACUAACUUCUUUACCCCCAUCUGUCCAUAAUAGGAGAACCUUUGUCUAUAUCUCACCGCAUCUGAGCGCCCAAGCAGACCGACGCUUGCGUUGACGCUCUAGCAUGCGCUUGGAUUCGACUUUUAAUACAUGCACUAAAUUAAAAUGCUAGUGGAAACUUCAAAUCACGCUCCAAUAAAAUUUAUUAAGGUUCAAUGAUUGGUUCGUACGUUGAUAGAGCUAGAAUAGUCAAUCAAAUGGGAAAUUGACAAUCAAGUUAUAUCAAGCUAAGAAACUAAUGAGAUUGUGGAAGGCCUUUUUAUCUCAUCAUUAUUGUAUGUUGUUAAGUGCGACUUCCAUUCACAUUUUGAUACUCUAAAAGCAACUUUUUUUUGUGCUCAAAUAUGCACGCUCUAGCCAUCAUAUUCACCAGAUAAAGAUAUGUAUAUAUAUGUUUGUACUAUCUUAAUCCAUAGCCUCUCACUUGAUUCAAGGUGUUCAUAUUGUGAGGAUGCAAAAGCUUUUGACAAAUUUUCUGGUACAAGCAUUAAAAUAUAUAUUAAUUAGUGGUCAAGUUGAUGUCUCAGAUAAGGUUAAUUAAGUAUUCUUUUCCUAAUGAUUAAUCAAUAAGAUUCCCAAAGUUUUUUUUAAGUAAACCCUUAUGUAGUUUUCACUGCUGGUCUUCGCUUACAAUGAUAGAACGAGAAAAAAAAAAUGAUUAUACUGGGAUGGGAUUACCUUUCAUAAAUAUUAUAAAAUGCUAUCUCAUUUUCACGAAUAUUCUGCAAAAAAUAUAAAUCAAGUGUGCUCCUUUGACAUGCAUGCAAAUUUUUUUUUUUCUUCUUUCUUAUUUAAUCUAGGAGAAAAGCAUUAAGAUAUUCUAAUAAGAAGAAAGAGUUUUACAGAUGUGUGUUUAUAAUUUGUUACCAGUAGCCAGCAAUGGAAUUAUCUAUAAACAUGAGGCAUCAAAUGGGAACUAUAUUCCCAUCCAUCACCGAAUGUUAAAUUGGGUCCUUUCAUCACAUAAAAAUAUUAUUUUUUAGGUAUCAAACCCACUAAAAAGGAUGUGGCCACUCAUUUGUUGAAAGCAACCUGCCCAUACAAAUUGUUGGUCAUGGGUGCUAUUUAUUUUUUAAUGGGGAUGGGGAACACAUAAAUCAAAAAUUAUAAAAACCCUAAUUCAACACUGAAAAAACAAAUGCAGCUAGCAGAAUCCUCUUAUAAAGUAUAGGCAAAUAAACUACUAUUUGCUUUUGACCUAUAUGAGUAAGAAAUGUAGCACAAAAGUUUGUGUUUUUUAUAGAUAUCUAAAUCGCACCAACAAAACAUGAAUAAAAAUCAAUGUGGUCCCAAUAUAUUCUUGAUUAAGAACCAAAAGGCAAGUCAACAUGACCCUUUGAAAUUUGACCUAACCUUAGAUUAGCCUUAUAGGUCAGUAUGACACCACGGUAUCACUCUGCAACAGUAAUCCAAGUACAUGACUAAGGGUGUAAAUAAGUUCUUUUACAAUCAUACUCAACUCCUUCACCAAAAACAUCAAGCUCAAGGUAACUUCUUGAGAUUUAAAUUGUCAAGUUUGAGAUAGGCUAGUUUAAUUAAUAUUAACAGAGUUCUAAUUUAUAGCGUGAACUUGAAAUCUGGCAUGAGUAAGUUGAUCUCAACAAAGGCCCGGCUCUUUUCCAAAAAAAAAAAUUGAGGCCAGGCACAAGGCACAUAUCUUGUUCUCUAAACCAAUGACCUUAAGCCAAGUAUCUUAGUGAAACGAUUGAAAGCAGCCCUCUCUAUUUACACUCUUAUUCACAGGAGGUUUAAACAUCUAAUUCUUGUCAUGCUCAUUCCCUCUCUAGUCACUACCCCCGUAUAAAAUCUCCUCCUCUUCAAAAACCCAGCUAGUGCUUCUCUAGAGUUGAUUCCUUUUUAACUUAAUGCUUUCUACAAGAAAAGACAUAAAUUUCUCUAUAUAUAUAGCUAUGCAGUGCUCAAAAUAGAAAGCCAAAAAACUAGCUUUGGAUAUACUAGCCCAUCUCCUACUUUCUUCAUUUCUUGAAACUUUUCCUUCUAAACCUCAGUCUUUCUCUAUAUCCCUCUCUUUCUUCCCUGCAAAAAUAGAGAUUGUACGGACAUUCUCCUACGCCAGUAGCCGCAUCUUUUUGAUUUUUAAGCUUGAAAGAUGAAGCUCUGCAUGUCCACAACCUGUAAGCAAGUACAGCCUCUAGUGAACUUCCAAGAAAGACUCAACCUGAAAUCCUUCUUUCAUCGGAAAGAUAAGGUCAUAUUUGUAAUGGGAGCAACGGGCACUGGCAAGUCAAGACUUGCCAUCGACCUAGCAAACCAAAUUCCAGCAGAAAUAGUUAACUCUGAUAAAAUACAAGCCUAUAAAGGCCUUGACAUCGUCACUAAUAAGGUCACUGAAGAGGAGUGUCGAGGGGUACCUCACCAUUUAAUAGGCACAAUAGACCAAAAUUCGAACUUCACAGCCACUGAUUUCCGGUCCCAUGCAUCACUUGCAUGUGAAUCCAUCGUGGGUCGGGGUCGAUUGCCAAUCAUUGCCGGUGGCUCUAAUUCCUACAUCGAAGCAUUGGUGAACGAAGAUCCUGAAUUCCCAUUGAGGUAUGAAUGUUGUUUUCUCUGGGUGGAUGUGUCACUGCCUGUGCUCAAUUCAUUCGUCUCAGAGCGAGUUGAUAAGAUGGUUAAGGCUGGCUUCGUCAGCGAAGUCAGAAAAAUGUUCAAGCCAAACGCAGAUUACUCACGGGGAAUUCGUCGAGCAAUUGGCGUGCCUGAAAUGGAUGACUACUUACGCAAUGAAAAAAUUGUCGAUGAGGAAGCUCGUGCUAGGCUUCUUGGAGCAGCCAUUGCAACGAUCAAAGAGAACACAUGCAUGUUGGCGUAUCGACAGCUGCAGAAGAUUCAUCGCCUUCACAAUCAAUGGCUUUGGAACAUGCAUCGAAUUGAUGCCACUGAAGUGUUCUUAAAAAGCGGAGAAGAAGCCGAAGAAGCUUGGGAGAAGCAGGUGGUGAGACCCAGCACCAUGAUCGUCGAACAAUUCCUUGAUGAAGAAGAAUAUAUGAGAAGCAUCGUAUCUCCUGAUACUGUGGCCGCCAUUACGGCUGGUUCAGGCGCGAAAUCGGUGCCUGUUGCGGCCGUUGCAGCGGCAUCUCUUUGAAAACGGACGGGUCCCAAAGAAUCUAUUCUAUAAUCUAUACCUUGCAUACUCGUGAUUAUGACGCGCGGCAUCCACUUCCACGUGGAACGCUGGGUGUGUUUAUACUUUAUACUUUUCUUUUCUUUUCUUUUCUUUUCUUUUUUAAUUUUUGGCUUUUUUGUGGAGAAAAUAAAUAUGAAGUGCUAGUGUGCUAUUUUGGUAUAUCUUACCCAAGUGACUAAGUGAGAGGUGGAUUACCGAUGAGAGAGGUGAUUCGAUUAGUAAUCGACUGAAUUAAACAUAUGUGUGUUCAAAGUUCGAUUCUAAUGAGAAAC